GGGCGCUCCAUCCGACGAGAGCCGAGAGAACCGUUUGUCGUUGCUUUCGGGACCUGCUGGAUCCUUAACGGGCGCCCUUUUUCUCUGUGUACUUGGGUUUCCGAAGCAUGUUCGACUAAUAGUAGUGGUAGCAAUUUUCACGUUCAGUAUACAGCACAUUCAGUCGAGUACGGUGAGUAGCUUGGAAUGCACGAGACGGUUCGUCGCUGCUGCCGUUUGCAGCACGUUACGCGAUUCUACCGGUACGGAGUUUUCACGGUGACAGUUAAAUGGAACGUUAAAUUCGAUCACCAUCACUGGCUCAAGUGAUGUGUAACCGAAUGCAAGUUUGUUUGGUGAUUUUCCGUUACAAGAAGGUUAUCUUUUUGCGGCUGGUGGGUGCUGUACGGUUAAGCAUUUGGAAGUGAUUUGACGCAGAACGUAACGCAAGGAAAUGCUGGCAAAUAAAAUUAUACUUUUAUUCGAUUUCCCAUCAAUUUGCGUACAAAAAUUUGAAUAAUGCUGACCGUUGUGCGGUCAACGCGGUAUAGCGAUGAAAUAAUUGCAAUCGAUUGUUCCAAAUUAUACAAAAAAACGGAAAUUAAGUGAAUACAAACCGGUGUGUCCUGUGUGCCGGAAUUAGCAGUGCGCGCGUAUGUAUGUGAUAAGAAAAUAGGCGAAAAAUUUCAUUCGCCAUCGGAAGAGCGUAAAAAAAGGGAAACUUGCCGAAACCCGAAAAGUAAAGUGGUUGUGAAUGGCUACCUACCCCGUGAACGGAACGACAAAACAUCCGAAACAGCCCAGCAAGGAAUAAAAUGAGCCGUGAAAGCGUCCCGGCGGAAAUUGUGAAGCUGGCAAACGGCAAAUGCAAAAAGUGAUUAGCAAACGGAGUCCUCCCAAAGGAGCGAGCGCGUACAUUCUUUAUCAGUGUGUACAAUGGGAAAGAAACAAGAAGAACGAGCAAACCCAUCAAAGCAGGACAAAAUUUCGACCAGCCAUACCAUUGUUUGCAGCAACCGUUGAAGGGGAUGGUUUUUGCAUGAGUGUAUGUGUGUGUGUGUUUGGGGAUGGGAGGGGUGGGGCGGGGAUGGGAGGAGUAUUUAUGUUGGAGGGAGGAAAAAGGAAGUGAAAUUUGAUUAAUUGAGUGUGAUUUUCUUUUAGUUCUGUGGUUCUAAUUCUCCAUUGCACACACUCUGUAGAGGGUGGUCACAUUUUCUACUUUUCGGACCAUUUCCGGCGCGGAUGGUUUGAAAGGUUUGUUUUUCUUUCGAAAUGCCCAUUUGGAAAAGGUGUGAUAACGAGUGGAUUUUUACUCAAGAGCAGGUUUGCAGAGAAGUGAUUGCAGGAUUUUUUUUCUGGUACCAACCCCCCCGAAGUAAGAAACAUUGGUUAACGAAAAUGACUAGCAAAUCAGUUGAAUACCGUGGAAACCGUUCGUCAUUCAUGAAAGUUGGAACCCGGAAAUGGGUCAGCUCGACUGGUGGAACCAAUUGGAAAUUGAGCGCAUAAUAGGAAGUUUUGUACUGGAUGUAGAAAGUGGCAAUGAAAGGGAAAUGAAAAUUGUAGCUAAGUGUAUUGUUUAUGAGCCAAGGAAUCACAUUACAAUCGGUUUUAUUUUAUUGCUCGAUUUAUGAAUGUGCUUGAAGGUUUCGAAGAGUGUGGUUGUGUUUCUAUAAUUCAGUAUAGUACGUAUGGUAGAUUAGUAAAAUAAUGUUUUUUAAAAAUUAGUUUAUCUAAAGGUAAUGUAAUCAAAAUCAACUGUGUGCUACGUACAUCCAUAUCAAACCCAUAAUAGUUGUUGAAUAGUGCAUGGAAGUGUGUAGUGAAGUUGUUGGUUUUAGUGUGAUUUAUGAAAUCCUUUUCAAUCGGUUGAUCGGUUGAAAGAAGUGUAAAGAAAAAGUGCAAAUCAUUUUCUAAUUGGUGUAACAACGCAACAAUGCUGAGUCAAUAUUGAUGAAGGAAAGUGUACGUGUAGAGUGGGAAUGCUUGAUUCUUUCGAGUGCCGAGACAGCCACCUUUCUUCAGCACGAUAUACUUCACCGCUUAGCCUAAGUGCAGUGAAUUUAGGGAAGAGUUCGUGUGUUAUUUAAAAUUCAUGUCCAAUGAAAGAUUGGCACGGGAUCUGGGCAAACGGGUGAAGGAUCCAUCUGUCUGCAAGGCUGGAUUAUGUGUACAUUCUGAAAGGAAACCGAACUAGCACUAAUGCAAACGAGGAAUAGCGGAUACUGUGCUUCGAAAACAAUGAGGAAGCCCCAUCCUCAUCCGUUAUACCGUUGGCUGACGGUAUGCCGAUAUAGGAAACUUACCGACGGCAUUGGCAAAUGCUGUUUAAAUAAAUUCACCAUUGUUGGACUACGGUUACUGCUGGUGCUGCAUUCUGCCCAAGCUCUUCAGAAUCCACGUAUUACAGAGCAUCCAAUAGACACCACCGUGCCACGCCAUGAACCGGCCACACUCAACUGCAAAGCGGAAGGAAUACCCCAACCGACAAUCCAAUGGUACAAGGAUGGCGCACCGUUGAAGAUACUCCAGGGAUCGCACCGAAUAGCGCUGCCUGCCGGUGGUUUGUUUUUUCUGAAGGUUGUAAACUCCCGGAGAGAGAGCGACGCUGGUGUGUACUGGUGUGAGGCACGGAACGAGAACGGAAUUGCCAGAAGUAGGAACGCUACCUUACAAGUAGCAGUACUCAGAGAAGAAUUUAGGCUUGAACCACAGCACACACGUGUGGCUCAGGGUGAAACGGUGUUACUAGAAUGUGGUCCGCCAAAGGGUAUUCCGGAGCCAACUCUGUCGUGGCGGAAAAAUGGUCAAAAACUGGAAGUGGAAUCCUCGAAACGAAUACGCGUUGUCGAUGGAGGUAAUUUAGCUAUUCAGGAUGUGCGACAAACGGAUGAAGGACAAUAUCAAUGCAUUGCGAAGAACCUAGUCGGCGUACGAGAAUCAGCAACGGCUUUUCUGAAAGUUCACGUGAAACCGUUUCUGAUACGCGGCCCUCAUGACCAAACUGUCGUAGAAGGUGCGUCUGUAACGUUUCAAUGUCGCGUUGGAGGAGACCCCAUGCCGGACGUACUAUGGCGUCGAUCCGCAUCAGGAGGCAAUAUGCCAUUAGACCGAGUACACAUCCUCGAAGAUAGAAGCCUCCGUUUGGAGAAUGUAAUACUUGACGACGAGGGAGAGUACAGCUGUGAAGCGGAUAAUGCGGUAGGAGCCAUCUCAGCCACUGGCACAUUGACCGUCCAUGCACCACCUCAUCUUUCGAUAAGGCCUGUGCCGCAGGUUGUUGAAGCACCCCACGAUGUUUCGUUCGAAUGCAAAUCUGAAGGCCGACCGAAACCGACGACUUUUUGGUCGGUCGAAGGCAAUCGAACAUUGAUCUUUCCCGGCACGUCAUUUGAUCGAUUCGAAACAACAUAUACACAUGAAGGUCUCACCGUUCUAACGCUCCCGCAAACUACCAAAUCUGACAACGGCCUUGUGGUUGUCUGUAGUGCCGUAAACAAUGUUGGUUCGAUCAGUGUUCGAGCACGGUUAAUGGUAGCUUCGCAGGAUGACCGACCACCUCCAAUCAUUAUUCUUGGCCCAACAAACCAAACUCUGCCAGCGAAAUCCACAGUGUCGUUGCUUUGCAAUGCCGUGGGUAAUCCCAAUCCGUUCAUCUCUUGGUAUCUGGAUGGUAAUCCUGUCGUUCCCUCAGACCGAAUCAAUGUAACAGAAAAUGGGACGCUUUUGCUACGAGAAUUGGAAAAAAGUACCGAUCAGGGGCUGUACACGUGUGUGGCAAGUAGUCGCAGUGGGAAAUCUACGUGGAGUGCUUUCUUACGCGUGGAAUCACCAACAAAUCCGAACGUUAAUUUUUACCGCGCACCUGAACCAUCCGAAUUUCCGAGCGCACCGGGAAAACCACAAAUUGUGAACAUCAACAACAGUUCCAUCACCAUCUCAUGGUUGCCGAGCAUUAAGUCCGGUGCUUCCGACAUCAAUGGGUACCUGAUUGAAGUGUUUUCAAGCGAUAUGGCAAAGGGCUGGACAACGGUACCGUACAAGAUCUCGUCGACCAGCUACAAUUACUCACCGGUUUCGCCAAAUGUCAGUUACAUUUUUAUCGUUCGAGCUGAAAAUGACCAGGGUCUUGGUAUUCCAAGCCUCAUGUCGGAUCCGGUGACAAUUGGUCGAGAAUUCAAUCAUGGAGAAGACAUCAAUCUCAGCGAAGCACAGGCAACCCUUUCUUCCGGUCAAGUGGUCAACCUUCUCGAAGCUAACGCUACCGAUGCAUCAAGCGUACGCUUAGUGUGGGAGAUCGUUAACGGCCAGUAUGUGGAAGGGUUCUAUAUCUACUCUCGGAAGAUAAACUCCAACGGAACGUAUCGAACUUUGACGGUUCUUCAUGGCGGAGGUGCCUCCGCAUGUACAAUAAAUGGGCUAGAAAAGUUUACUGAGUACGAAUUUUUCCUUGUACCGUUCUUCAAAACGAUUCAAGGUCGUCCUUCAAAUUCUAGAUCUACCUGCACUCUGGAAGAUGUUCCGACGGCUCCGCCAGUCAAUUUGGAAGCGGUUUUAUUGAACACCUCUGCUGUGUACCUCAAGUGGGAUCCUCCAAGUAAUCACACUAUAAAUGGAAAAUUGAAACAAUAUCACAUCAUCAUCCGAGGCUAUGACGUUCACAACAUAUCUAAGGUUCUCACCAACAUGACGGUCGAUGGAGACGCACCAAAGUUACUGCUAGCAAAUCUAUCAGCUGGUGUUACUUAUUCUGUCAGUAUUGCAGCGUCGACCAAAAUCGGCAUUGGCCCAUACAGUAUUCCUUCCAUUUUAAGACUGGAUCCACACACUAGACGGCUUGACCAUGGGUACACAAGAUACCCAAUAAACCAUGACUAUUCACACGAUAUACUGACGCAAACGUGGUUCAUUAUUCUGCUUGGUUCCAUCAUUGCCAUUAUCGUCUUCCUGUUCGGUGCCAUCAUCAUUUUCCGCAGGAUACAAUUUAUGAAACAUAGCUCGUUGAACAAUAUGCACGGUAAUCACGCAAUUGGAACUGUUCGAAAAUUUCCUACACUACCAUUGAAUCCGAAUGGUGUUUGGAUCGAUCCGGGAGGUGGCGUAUGGCGACAAGCGACUGAUAUUACUAAGGAAGUCAUCACCGAUUAUGCUCAGGUUUCUGCAGCACCAACGCUACCACUUCCAGAUUAUGAGCGGCUGUCCCCGCUGAAUAUGCCUGACUACGCGGAAGUGGCCGGUUGUUCAUCAUUCAAAAACGAUCUGGGGCAAUCGGACCCAUGCUAUGACAACUACGGUGCCUAUGCGUCGACCACGCUGGUAGGCCGCUCGGUGCAACUGUUCGCCCAAAAUCAAUUCGAUGGCAAAAAUGUCUACUCAGCGCCUACUGCUCUUGCUACGGCCGCCGCAGCGCCCGGUGGAUGUCACUACAAUAAUUUCAUAAAUCAACAACAUCAGCAGCGCCACCAGCAGCAACUGCAAGCCCAGUACGGUCUCCACGGACCGCAGCAGAUGCAUGCUCAGAUACAGUCGCAACCACACCAGCAACAAAUCGGAGUGCAUGAUAAACGGGAGCGAGACGCCAACGGACGCCCGGUCGGAGGCGGUGGCGGAAGCAUGAAAAGCCAGAAAAUGAACAUCAUCGAAAAUCGGAUGGCCGACAUGUUGAACAAUUUGAAUCAAUGCUCGUCGACGGGCCCUACGGCAAGCUACAGCAACGGCGGUGGCAUGGGCUCAUCGUACGGUGGCUCAACGGUAAGUAAUCUCAACAGUGGCAGCCACUGUAGCCUACUUCCGGCGGGCCAACCGAUGGCAGCCUCAUCUACGCUGACGAUGGAUGUGAUGAACGGUUUGUCUGGAAGUGUUCCCAGUGGCAAUGGUAGCGCCGGUGGAGGACCGAGCGGUAGUAGCAGUGUGCCCCAUACACCGCUUUUUGGCACGAUUAAACGAACGACCAAGUACAACAAAAUAGGCUACAAUAAGGAUAAUAAACUCAAUUUUGGCGAUAAUGGUCGAUCGGUUGAGCAGCCGUUGUUCGUCAAGUCGAAGUACGACGGUACCUGGUCGUCCGUGCCGAGCUCAGUCACGACGGCGUCGGCAACCAGCAUCAACAUGAUUAAUAAUUCGCCAUAUCAACAGCAGCACCAACAGCAGCAUCAGCAGCAUCAUCUACUUCCGCUCCAUCCGAACACUAACGGUGGCCAUCAGCAGCAGCCUUUGACGACAACAGCAGGCCCACCGCCUCCACCACCACCACAGCCGCCCCCAGCAACUCAGCAAGCGCCUUCAGUAGUUCAUCACUUUCCUUCGGGACACCAUCACCCAGCGUCCGUUUCGUCGUUUCAUAGCGCAAAAGAAUCAUCCCGAUCGCCAUCGCGCGUUUCACCAACGAAGCACGGCAUGCAAACAAAUAAUUUAGAUAAUCAUCCAAUACAGGAGUGCAACAAUGGAGCCAACACAAUCACUAAUGGCCAGGAAGCUUCUGCUGGUUUCAUUGGCAAUACGCAUCAUCCAUUGCAGCAGCCAAAUUAUUUAACGGGCAGCACUAAAACGGACAAUGUAUAAAUUUGAUUUACCUUACUAUUUCAGUUAUAAUUGCAUGUCAUAAUGAUAUUUUCGGAUUAGUACUUCUUCCACCGUCAUAGCCAAAUUUCGCUAUAUGUUUUUGCAGUUGCCAUAAUUUUGUAUCUGGUAAAAGUACUGUUUUUUUAUUUGUUUGUUUAUUUGUUUUUGUUUUGUUAAGAAAACGUAAUUUUUUUACUAUUUCAAACAAAUGAUUUAAUUAUAUUUUUCUUUAGAUAUUGUAGCUUAGGUUCUCUUAGUUCUCAUGUGACAUAAAGAUUUUCCAAAGGACUUAAUUUUAUAACGCAAAACAUAGAAUUGAGAGCAAAGCAUAGCGAAAAACGGAUUUUAUGUUGCGUUUAACUAAAUAUGUUUAUAAUAAUCAUUGCAUAUACAGCAUGUACAUAAUGCAAAUAUAUCACCAUAAAGUGUAUAUCUUGACCAAUGCUUUUGUAUGUUCUCGUCUUGGGAUAAUUUAUUUUCAUUACAACUGCAACAGCAGUACACUUCUACCACCUGAAGUAGGUUAAACAACAAUGAAGACACAUCUGCAAAGAAUUUCUACAAGCAUAAGGCAAACAUAGUUGAAUAAAUAUGAAAAUAGCCACACAAACAGACAGCUCUUAGAGACAGUUGGAGAAAAAAAACCUAUCGCCACAACAGUCGAUCUAUUUUCCUUGCUAGCUUGCAUAAAAUCCACGGGGAGCAAUAUGACGCCAAUAGUAGCGACACACUUACAUGAAACAUAUCGAAACAAACCUAUUGCGGCCGACGCUUCAACGUUUUCUUUCGGUUUUGCAGAUCGAUGACCAAAUUAUUUCACGGGUGAACCUACUACAUAUACCUUGUUUAGCGUUUGUACAUAGCCCUUGCUCAUUAGCUGAACAGCUGUACUGAAACUGUACUGUAAACGCUUGUAAAAGUCUAAGUAAGGCACGAUCAUUUGAAUAAAUUGUUGAAGUAUUAUAAUAGUAAUUGCCUGAAAAUAAAAAUAAUUAUAUUAUAUCUUUACCCUUGCAAAAGCGUUCUUGGACAUGUGUCCUUCAGUCUAACCUUUCUUUUUCAUGUCAAAGG